CAAGAUCAAAAUUCUCUCAUAACAUUUUCAGAAAUUCACAAACUUUCCCCGAACCAAAGUUUCUAUUUUUUUUGCUGUAGUAAAAACACAGACCUUGAAGAGACAGGAUUAAAGUUUGCUUCUUCUGGCGUAUGGAAUUGAAAUGGAGCAAUUGAAAGUGGAAUUUGAGGAAGAGACGGUGACGUACGGUGGUGCGACGGCGGCAGCUUCGUCGUCUGUGGGAUCAUCGUCGUCUCCGAGACCAAUGGAAGGGCUAAACGAGACAGGGCCUCCUCCAUUUCUCACGAAGACUUACGAGAUGGUUGAGGAUCCGGCGACGGACACGGUGGUUUCUUGGAGCAAUGGCCGUAACAGCUUUAUCGUUUGGGAUUCUCACAAAUUCUCCACCACUCUCCUCCCUCGUUACUUCAAGCACAGCAAUUUCUCAAGCUUUAUCCGUCAGCUCAACACUUAUGGAUUUAGAAAGAUCGAUCCAGAUAGAUGGGAAUUCGCGAACGAAGGGUUUUUAGCAGGCCAAAAGCACCUCUUGAAGAGCAUCAAACGAAGGAGAAAUAUGGGUUUGCAGAAUGUGAAUCAAUCAGGAUCAGGAUCAGGAAUGUCAUGUGUAGAGGUCGGGCAAUACGGAUUCGAAGGAGAGGUAGAGAGGCUAAAGAGGGAUCAUAGCGUCCUUGUGGCUGAGGUAGUUAGGUUGAGGCAGCAGCAGCACAACUCCAAGAGUCAAGUUGCAGCCAUGGAGCAACGUUUGCUCACUACAGAGAAGAGACAACAGCAAAUGAUGACGUUCCUCGCUAAGGCCUUGAACAAUCCGAACUUUGUUCAGCAGUUUGCAUUGAUGAGCAAAGAGAGGAAGAGUCUGUUCGGUUUGGACGGCGGGAGGAAGCGGAGGCUUACUUCUAGUCCAAGCAUGGGGACUAUGGAGGAGAGGAUGUUGCAUGAUCAGGAGUUUGAUAGAAUGAAGGAGGAUAUGGAGACGUUGCUCGCUGCAGCGAUCGACAAUGAGUCGAGUAAUUUGAUGCCUACCAAGGAUGAGCAGUGUUUAGAAGCUAUGAAUGUGAUGAUGGAAGAUAGUAAUCUAGAGGCAGAGAUGGAUGUGAAAGUUGAAGAUUUGGUUGCUUCACCGUUGGAUUGGGGCAGUGAAGAUCUACACGACAUUGUCGAUCAAAUGGGUUUUCUUGGAUCAGAACCUUGAGUAUACAGCUUAACUUGUUAACUGGUCUCAAGACAUUUUAUGGGGGUCUAAGUUGUGGUAAUUGCUACCACGUUUUUUACUUGUUCAAUUGUUCUAUUGCUUUGUCUCAAUGAAUGCCUGAAGUGUUGUGUUUUUUCCUGUUCUAAUGAAUAAAAAGCACUGAUUUGAUGUUCUUCCUUCUCCAGAUCUUAGAAGCAAAACAUGUCUACAACGUUUGAAGCUGCAUUCAACAUUUUGGAGGUUGUGUAUAAGACCUGAAUUCAGCAACUCUUGUGCAGAUUUAUUUUGGGAAAAGAGACCAAGAAGCUAUGCGAUUGCUGCGAAGGUGUGUUUGGACACAAGUUAAAUUCACAUUGUCAUGUUGAAGAAUUUAUAACUUAUGUAUGAUGGUCUUUAGAGCAAAUAAACUAGUGAAACUUAGAAUACUUUAUUUUGUAUUUUUGUAAUUGUAGCAAAUAGAUUUGUGAAACUUUAGAAUACUCUGUUUUGUACCUCUUUUACUUGUUUGUGUGUACUAUUUAGUCUUU